AUGGCUGCCUGCGUCCGUCCGACUCUCGAAAGCCUGGAGGUGUUUGACGCUAUGGCCUCGGAGGUGACCGAGGCGCAGCUCUCCAGCAUUUUUCAGUUCAAGGGGGAACCAUUUCCCGAGCAGCAGAGUAUUGGGGCUGUGGCAGGUUUCGUCCGGCUAUUGUCGAACCAUUGCUCCAACAUGAAGGAACUCCCAGGGUGCGAUGACCUCCUCGAGGUGGUCGACUGGCAUUCAGCACUGACCAAGACCUCUGCGUUUCUGAACGACGGCAAAAGUGUGAAGUGGUUCCCCGAGUAUGGUUGUGCACUGCUCGCCAUUGGUAGCCCGUGCGCCCUGGGCGGGCCUCUCGUGCGCCGGAACCUGUCGCUUGUCGGCCUCGACAACUGGAAGCUCGCUUUGCGCUGGUUGAACCCUCCCAGCGCUGCAAGCACCCUUCAGUACGGAUCGGAUGUUGGAAGCCCUUCCAUCGUCCACGCGGGAAUCGUUGAAGAGGCGAACCUUGACCCUCUGCUCAGAAACCUCAACAAGAGCCUAGCUCAGGCCAGUGAGAGGCAUGGCGACAAGCGCACUGCGGCGGGAGGUAAGCAAGGUCACCAAAAGACCCCUUCCAUGAUCGAAGCCCUACUCCAAGACGCGAAAGCGGCCCUCGACGGAGCGAGCGCAUGUCACCCACCUCGAGGAGGCUUCACCGACGUCGGUCUUCACACGGGCGGCAGACCAAGAGAAACUGCGUGGCCGCUGACUCUCGCCGUUUUUCAGGCUGGGCUGAUGCGCCACGGGAACGUCGACGCUCCCGGCUAUCCUCGAGGUGGCCCCGAUCUGCUGGAAGUUCUCUUCGAUGUGGUGAUGGCCGACUUCUACCUGACUUUGUUCGAGCAGCACGUUGUUCGUCUAUCAGGGGCCGCAGAGGACCUCAACAAAGGCAUGCGAAUGCUGGAGUCGGCUGCGCACCGAGCUGGAGUUCUUGCCGACGAUGGCCACGCCUUGCCGAGGGUUGCAAAAAGGGUCGAGGAAGCCCGCCAAAGCCUGAGCAGUCUCAGGUCGAAGCGCAUGGUGUCGGCCGCUGCCGACUUCAAGAUUUCGAACAGGACAGAUGCCUUCGCGGAUGGUCAUCUGCGGCUUCCAAAAGUGGUGCUUUCCGCCCCGCUGCCGCGCCCCUCUGCUGGUGAAGGAGGCUUAGGUGAGGCACGGUCGCGUUCCACUAAGAAUCUCUCGUCCUUGCCGAGCUUCAUCAGGGAAAUCCACACUACGCUGACCUCGGAAAGCAUUGCCGAUAUCACCAGCUGGGUUGUGCGUGAUGGCUUGAGCGGGGAACUACCAGCGCAGGUCGUACUGGCGGAAGUGGAGGGCCUGCUCUUUACAACCUCGGCUUCGGGGGCUAUCGAAAGUGCCGCUCAGACACUACGGGCUGGUGACCUUGUGAAGCUCAAGGCCCUCGUGAAUACGUACAGGUCCGUGCUUGCCGGUUUUCUGGACGCCCAUUCGGGAGACGGUGGUUCCUGCAUGGUGGUCGAACGCCAUUCUCGAGAGACCCUGGUAUGCCUGAUAGCGUACGCUGUUGCCUUCGCCGUAGCUCGGGACGUGCUGUGGCCGGAGGAAAUGGAGGCGUUCGGGGUUUGUCUACGGGCGGCUGAUCUUCAGCAUUUGGUGCUGGCCGACAGGCUGGCGGUCGACGCUGCUUUGAGCUUGGCAGACUACCUGGCUUUUGCCAAUCGCGGGAUAGAGAAGGCCAUAUUUUCCUUAGCCGAUGGAGGGAGGGCGACGUUUAGUCUGGCUUUGAAGGUGGCAAGUGGAAGUCCCGACCUGCAACGGAUAUGGGAAAGCGAGGUGGUGGCCGCGAACCGCCGCCGCGAUGCGCACUGGGCCAAGGUGGAAGCCCAGCGAGCGGAGCUCGUCCAACUCCGCAUGGAACUCCAAUCGCAUGAGGACGAGCUAGCUGAGAACCAAGCAGCAUACGAACGGGCAAGAGACUCGAGGGACACAUUGUCUGACGGACGAUCCAACAAGACCCGCGGCUGUCGUAGGCAUCUGUAUUGCCCGGGUGGUUGCACAUGCCGCCGAUGCAGCGUGUGCAGGAGCGCGAAGCACGCCUGUUGGGGGUCUGAAGCCGAGAUUGCCACCGUCAACGGCAAGGCCCAGCAGAUGCUCCUGCCGCGGGCUUGGGACACCAACGUCACGGAUGCCGUGAAGACGCCCAACAUGGACCUAUGGUCGGCAUACUACAACAGCCAUCAACCUGCGGUAUGGGGUCACGACGGGGGCGUCCAACUCGGGUACUGCGAGGAACUAGGGCAACCAGAGACGAUGGUGGAAAGAUGCACGGAGCCCUCGGAUGGCGUUUGGCACCCAGAUUCCCUAGCCCCGGGCUACAUGUUGUGGCAAGGGGGUUCGUUUUCUCGUCAAUUCUGCUUCGACCCGCUUUCGCCGAAGGUCCGUCCGGAGUGGGUAGUGCGCGGGUUCACGGAGAAGUUGUUAGGGCAGGACCAGUCGCUGCAAUGGGCGAUGCCGCAGUACGGCAUCGGCAAGACGAGCCCUGAAAGAGGCAACAUUUCAAUCGCGAGCCAGGGCGACGCGGUAGGUUUCAGCAAACGGGAGUAUCUCGCGUUCGGCGCGUUGCGGGCCUAUCCGUUGCAGCAGCUUCGUAAGCUAGCCCUGGUGCUCCGUGAUCGCAGCUUGCCUCUGGAUCAUCCUGCGGUUCGCUCAUUGAUGUCUCAAGCGCUUUUCCAGAUCGGCGAGCUCUCCGAUUCCUCCCCGGCGGCCUUGCUCUGGCGAAAUGACCAGGAGGACAUGUUUUCCGCGCUAUUCGACGAGCUUCAGGUUCGUAUCGAGGAGAUCGAGCACACACCACGACAACACCGGGCGAUGCAGCUUCUUGUUGAUAUGGCGGUGUACGUCGGCCACUGGAACGGCCAUUGUCAGGAUCUUGUUCGGUCGAAGCUGGUGGCGAUUCCCCGGAAGUGGGCCAUUGACAUCUACCGCCAGGCCGACGAAGCUGAGGCGAACCAGCUCGGAGACGCGGUCGUAUCUUCCCUGAUCGCCAAGCAGUGCGUGUACUUCAUGUACGGCGUACUGUGCUACGGUGGUAGUGCGUCUCUCUCCGCUGCCGACACCGCCCAGCUGUGCGAGCUACAGAUUCUGGCCCACAACCGUCGCCUGUUUGCAGAGGGAUGGAUAGAGCUAGAGGCGGAAAACUCCGCUCUCCAGGUUCGAUGCCUGAAUGUGCUGGCGAAGCGAAGCGGCGAGAUUGUACAGGAGGCUAGGAUCAACCCCGGGUUCCUCACGACCGCCAUCCGGUUGGUGCUGAAGGACGCACCGACUCAGCUUGCGUGGAACCCGGUAGCUGGCAACAUGGCGUGUUUUGAGGCGCAGCACAAAGGGCAUCUGUACACCGUCAAUCUCUUGACAGGCGUAGUCCUGUUUGACGGGGAGCCACCAAGUCGCUUGCCGGAGGACAUCACGAAGGAUAACCUCUAUCGGCGAGUCUUUGGCAAAGCCAGGUUCGAGGUCUCCUUUGCUUCAGGCGGAACAUUCAGGACCACCCGAAUGGCCGAUGGCCGAUUCUACGAAUUCUCGCGUGUAGGUGUGAGCGGUCAGCUGGUGGUAGAGGAGGUCGACGAACGUCUUGUAGAACGCCUAGAAUUGCUGCGUCCCGACGGCUCUUGGGCGAAGGAACUACCCGUCAGGCUUCGGAGGAUGCACAGCCAUUGGUUGUGCCGGGACCACAACGUCAUCGUCCUACGCUCGAUUGAGUUCAGCGCGCGCCACGUCUUCUUCGUCGGGAGGUGCAGUCGCCCUGACGGCGGUCCUGUCUCGUUCUAUCGUGUGCCCCCUCACCUUCGAUCGCACGAAUGGAAUGAGAUCCUGGUGGAAGCGGAAGGGAAGGGAGAGUGCCUCGGUUCCAGUGGGAAGCUUGUCCUCGCCGACGCGGACAACAUGGUGAUGAAGACCUUCGCGAAGUUCGAGCCUCGGGCUGUCGGCCAGAACGCGGUGAUCCACACCUACCUGCAGCCCGAUGGUGGGCUGACGAUCGACCUGCCUAGGUUUGAGCUCGAGUUCAAAGUCGACCCUCCGCCGAGGGACCCUAGAGGACGUGAGGACGCGAGCGGUAUCCACUGCGCGAACCACCGCGGCUACCAGCUGGCGUGCGCCCAGCAGCUCGAAGACACUCUCCCGGAGCUGAGCCGCUACCUGGUCCUUGUUCGCGAAGAUGGGGACACAAAGAUCAUCGUUCCUCGAGGCAGGGUGGCGGUGAGGGAGGGAACAACACCGCGAGUGUGGAUCGAGUGCAGCAACGAAGAUAGCGAAGACGCCGAGCUGAAGGUGUUUUCCUACAGCCUGCACCGGCGGUGGAACCAACCGGACGCGGGUGGCUUAUCGGCUCGGCUUCAGCUUGCGGCAAUGUUUGCUGCCACCGGCACGCUUCUGCCUGACGCCCGGGCGGGCAAGACCGGCUCCGAGAAGGCCAUUGAGCUCGUCCGUCGGUGCUCCGUGAACCACCCAUUGCAGCCGGGUGACCGAGCCCAGCUGCUGACGGUGCUGGAUCUAUCCGGUACGGCUCCGGCUUUGGCGCUUCUGUGUGGCGAUUUGCUGGAGAGUAGCAACUGUGUCGGUUUCCUGCACCCCACAGCGCCGCUCGGACCAUUGUCACCGGGGGUUCUGUGCAGCCUAGAACACGCAGCGACUAUUUACGAGGGAGAGUGUGAGACUUCUAGGUGGAACCUUCGACGGCGUCUUACCGCCGUCGAGGAGGUGAGAAUCUUCGGCGGUCGGAUCGCAGGCGCUCGCCCUUUCAUGCGACAGAGGCGCGUUUUCGAGUUCGGAUCGGUCAACCUGCCGCGCUGCCCGGUACGCGCGGAGUCUGUCCACGCUGCGGAGGUUGCUGUGUGGGAGGUGAAGGACGUCAUGUUGGCGAGCACUACUCCUGCUUCUGAUGUUUCACACACGGGGCACGCCUACCCACUCGAAGUGCCCCUAGACGACGAUGUUUUAACAAAGGACAUGCACGCCGAGCUGUGCGGCAGCUGGGAGGCACACCAGCUUUCUCCACCGCAACAUUCACCAGUGCCUCUGCCGGUGCUGCAGCGCCUCCGAGACGACUUUAGCGACAAGCUAAGGCAGGCUUCGUCGAUGCGGGAACGGCUUGAGCAGCACUUGCUUGGUGCUCUCAUCAGCUUCGGAACGGACGAUAGGUAUGCCAGGUCGUACAACAUUGAGCGCCUGGCCAACCUCCUGCCUACCCCUUCCGUCGAAGACUUGCCUUCAAUCCUUUGGUCGGACGGGCGCGCUCGAACGUUCAACCCGUUCUUGACAGAGGAGGCUUCCACGGGGGUAGAGGUGGCCGUGGUGCUGUGGCUUCGGUGUUGCGUGCUCGAAGACAAGUUGGGCAGGCUCAAGCGGUGGACAGGAAAGCCAGGAGCGGAGGCAUUGGUGUGGCAGGAGAUCCAGGUGAAGAGAACGUGGGUUCCGGAAGCUUAUCCGCGAUGGCUGGCUUUUGAAGUCGAUUCAGGGCUGCAAAUCCGGCCUGCUCAAGCCGAGGUAGCCCUUCACAUGAUCGACAACCCCGGUGACAUCGUGCAGCUAAACAUGGGAGAAGGGAAGACGCGGGUUAUCCUGCCGCUGCUAGUCCUGCACUGGACAACGCACCGGCAGGAUGCCGCCGUGGUGCGCUUACAUUUUCUGAGCGCCCUGAUCAGCGAAGCGUUCGACUUUCUGCACCAUGCCUUAACUGGGUCCCUCCUCGGAUGUGCGCUGUUCCUACUACCCUUCAACCGUGACGUGAACCUGACGCUUGCGGGGGCCCGAGCCAUGCGUGGAUGUCUCGAACGCUGCCUCUGUGAGGGAGGGGCGAUGCUGGUUACACCUGAACAUAGGCAGUCGCUCCAUCUGAAGGGCCUGGAGCUGCUCGAGGUCGCCCCGGAGAUCAGCGAAGAGAUCGGGCGCUUGGAAGAAAUGCCCUUCAGGGACAUUUUUGACGAGAGCGACGAGCUCUUCCACCACCGGAAGCAACUCGUGUACGCGGUCGGUGGGCUGGAGCCACUUCCGUCUCAGGCCGACCGUGUCCAGGCUGUGCAAGCAAUGCUACGUGUGCUGAAGCACCGGCACCGGCACCCAGAGCUAGCAGAGAUGCUGUCCAACCGCAACGUUGCGGUAGAAGAGGUCAGUUGCCGGCCGGAGCAGUUUGGGCAACUGCGCCUGUUGCCGGGGCGUGCCUUGGACGACAUCAAGCGUGAGCUGCACCGGGCGCUUUUCGACUCGGUGACGAGCGACCCGCCGUAUGAGAUGAGGUGGCUAGGCGACAUCGACGAAGCGAUGCGUGCGAAGCUGGCUACUCUGGUGCUGGACGAUGCGGUGAGCGCUGAUCACGUGCUCGAGAGAUCAGCGCUCACGGACGAGUCCCAGUGGGCGCAGGUCCUCGCCCUUCGGGGGUUGCUCGCGCAUGGGACCCUUCUUCACUGCCUGCAGAGCCGCCCGAGGGUGAACUACGGGGUUUCUCGCACGGCAGAGGCGAAGAAGCGGCUGGCGGUUCCCUUCAGGGCCAGCAACACGCCGGCAGACCGCUCUGAGUUCCGGCAGUCAGACGUGGCCAUCGUUUAUACCGUGCUAUCCUACUACUACGAUGGUCUGUCACGAGCCGAGCUUCAACAGGUCUUGAAGACCUUGCUGGAGGAUGUUCCCGAGAGCGCCCAAGCUGAUUUUUACAGCACCUGGUUGGACGAGGUGCGGCCUGCCGAAGAAGACUUGGUGCAAAUGGACGACGUCCUCAAGCUUGACCUCACCAACGAGCCGCAGAUGGACAUCCUCUACCGUUACUUCGCGCACAACUUCGAGGUAGUCAACAGCUGGCUGAACUUCGUGGUUCUGCCCGCCGAGACGAAGCUGUGUCCGAAGUACAUCGGCACCAAUUCUUGGUUCCUCGCCGAGAAUAGGGCCGGCGCGACUUCAGGGUUUUCUGGGACCAACGAUUCCCACCGCCUCCUGCCGCUACAGGUGCGCAAGAACCGCGACGGCAGCCUGCCCUCGCUCUCCAGCACUAACGGGAAGAUGCUCGAUCUCCUGAUGCGGACCGAGCGAUACGUCACGCUCGAGGUAGUUCGAGACGAAGAGAGCAUCGGCGACGCGCCCCCUGAGGCGUGGAAGAAUCUCCUCAAAUUCUGCGUGGAAGAGGGGGCGAGUGUUCUUGUCGACUGUGGCGCCCUCUUGGGGAAGGUUUCCAGCAAAGAAGCGGCCGCGUUUCUGCUGUCGCCCGAGGGGAGCCUGUCGAAAGAGUUCCGCGGUGUGGUCUUCUUCGACGCCAGCCAGAGGACAGCGGCAGUUGGUGGAAAGUGGAUGGUGCUCGACCGUGUCGGGCGCUGCGUGGCCCUCAGCGGAUCCCCCAUCCAGGCUUCCGAGUCAUUUUGCAUCUACGACGAGGCCCGCUGCCGAGGAGCCGACCUGAAGCUGUCCGCCGACGCCAAGGCGUUGUUGACUAUCGGACCCAAGAACGGAAAGGACAAGGUGAUGCAGGCUGCCGGCCGCCUUCGACUGCUAGGGCGCAGCAACCAGGCCAUCGUCUUUGUCGGCACGCCAGACGUUUCAACCCAGAUCCGAGAGGUGUCCGGCGUUUCCAGCAGUGGCACUAUCACGUCCCAACACGUUCUGGGAUACAUCAUGGCCAACACCGUCGAGGCUACGCGGUCUGGACUUCUGACGUGGGCCGGCCAGGGGCUGGAGUUUUCGGCGACUUUUGCCCGACCCGACCGCGCGGAGCAGGACGAAGUUACAACCCUUGACGCCGCCUACGGCGCCGGGUACACCCGCGCCACGGUCGACAGCGCGGUGUCCAUGUCGGUCGACCAGCACCGUACCCGCUACAAAGGCGAUGUCCACAAGCCCCAACUUUGCCAGGAGAUAGCUGCCAGGGCAUCGCAGUACGGCAAAACCGUGUACACGUCCAGAAGCUCAGCGAUAGGAGGAGAGUGUGAGCGGGAGAUGGAGCUCGAGUUGGAAGAGGAGGAGGAAGUGGAGCGACACGUGGCGAAGAUGUUGCCCCGCGAAGAGACCGAUUGGCCCUACGCCUCCGCAUUGUCGGUUGAAUCACCAGAUCAGCUUCCGUCUUCGGCCAAGGUGAUGACCCUGAAGAAAGCAUGGCGAUGCAUGACCAUGGAGGCCCAGAUCUCGACGUUAGACCUGCCGGCGCAAAACGUUUUCUGCACCGGAAACUUUCUCUUUGGAGUCACGGGCCGCACAGCGGCACUCGACGACUACUUGCGGCCGGUGGACGCCGCCCUCGUUUUCGCGAACGGAGAGAUGGUGCUGCUGUCUGAACGCGAGGCCGACGGGGUACUGGUGGCGCUUUCGUGUGCUUCCUCACGCUCCACGGAUAGCCCUGCUCCAUCCACGCCACCGAAGCUGGUACACCUUUCGUACACCACAUCGGAGCUGAACGAGCCUCGAGUCAGGGCCAAUCCCCUCAUGCGCGAUGCAAAGCUCCAGGGGUCUCCGCGGGGCGACCAGCGAGCCCCUUCGGCUGGUGGUUACUGGGAACGCAAGAAGCUCGAGUACGCCAACCACGGUCGUCGCCUGGGGUCCAAGCUGAGCAUGGUCGAAUGGAUCCUUAGGGACCCCACGGCUACCGAUAUGAAUGAGUGCGUGGAAUACGUGGUGCGCGUCGAGGGCGAAGAGGGCGGGGCGUUCGUCCACUGGUGCCACUAG